AUGUCCACCCAGUGGGUAUGCGGUGCUGCUUCCGUUCUUACAAGUCGGUGGGAAAAACCGUACCGCAGCCGGCUGAAAACCCUCCGCUACUGUCAGCAGUUCCUGGACGAGCAGAAGGAGCAGGAGCGUGAGAAGAGCAACACCUCCACGGCCCACUAUCGGAUCCCCAGCGACAACGUCUGGUGCGUCCUGUGCAUCCGCGCCUUGCACCGUACUGUUCCUCGCGUCGCCCUCUCCCACAAGUCUUUCUGCAGUGGCUUCGAUGCUGCCCGUUGCUUCUCGGAUCCGUGGCACCAAUUCUACAGAUAUAUGAAGGGCCAUAUUCUGACGGCAGCCCCUCCGGCCCCCAACGUUCCCGACCAUGUUGAGACGAACAGUUUGGACGAUGUUUCCUCUGAAUCAGAUUUCAUCCGAAGAAUGACACAACUACAACCCAAGCGUGAUAAUAUGUUCCCGGAGUUGCUGUCUGUUACUGACCUUCGCUGCUUAAUGUCUGAUCUGGUGUUUGCGAUACUUCUAACAUUCUUUGAACAUGAAAUUCUGAAAGCUUGA